AGUUCAAAGUUCCAACCUUUCUCUCUGACCGAUAGAGAAAGAAAGAGCUUUUUUUUUCUUCUUGUCUACUGCUUAUGCGACUUCAAAGUAAAAGAGAAGAUUAUUGUUUAUCUAUGUAGGUGCAUAAUGCAUCAAGUCACAGUUCUUAGUGCUCGAUUCUUCAAAGGAGGCACUUGAACAUAAAAUGGAUGCUCCAAGAAGAAUAGGUGACCGAUCAACCAGUGAUGUUGUUGUGAGGCUACGAACUCAAGAAGGGCGUGAUGAGUGGAUGUAUUGUCACUCCAACAUCCUUGUAGAGAAGAGCAAAUAUUUUGCUGACCGUCUCUCUGAGAAUUGGCCAACUUGUCAGAUCCUUGACUCACGCAACUGUGUUGAGGUUUACUGCCAGGAGUCAGAAUUUGAUCACCAUGUCAAUGUUAUACGCCUUCUCUAUGUUGUUAUAGAUGGCUCAGUUGAUGACUUAUGGAAUGGUGUAAAAAAUGCCAUCGGCAUUCUCCAAGUCGCUGUUGAACUUGGGUGCCCACAAAUUGUAACUGCUUGUGUGAACUACUUAGAAGCUGUCCCUUGGGAAGAGUCCGAGGAGGAAGAGAUUCUAAGAAUCAUACCAGGCAUGGGUUCUGAAGUGGAGCCAAUUCUUGCCCGUCUCCAACCAGUCAAUCCAUCAGCUAUACAUGGAAUUUUUAUCUCAACUCUUCGAUUUGCCACGUCAUCGCCACCUUCUCUGAUGAAUGAUCUUAAAUCUUCUGCUCAAGAGCAACUUGAGUACAUGGUAACUGAAGAUGACGAUUCCCCUCUAUUACUUGCCAGUGAUGAUAUCAAAUCUGAGGUAAAAGAUUGUAUAGGGAGACUAUUUUCUAGAUUUAACAGUCUGUUAGAAGCUUUUUUAUGUGAGACCACAGAAUCGGUUGGUGAGGCAGGAAAGAUGACAUCAUUUCAGUCCUAUUUAGUGGACUUUUCAUGGGCUUGUCAGCUGUUGACAAAAUUGGAAAUAAUGAGGGAGUUCGUUAACAGUUGGGUGGAUGCAUCUGAUAAAAUAGUUAAGGUCAUGCAAUCAAGUUCAACAGUUGAAAUAAUUGAGACAAAGAUGAAGGUUGUUGAGGUUGUGGCAAAAGUUUUGGAGUCAAUAGGUUAUGGCACUGUUAUUUUGCCAACUGCUAAACGGCUUCACAUGGUGAAAGUCUGGCUUCCGUUUGUGCAGGUUACGAAACCUCUGAUUGAUUCUGCCAUGACUAAUGAGGAGGAUUCUUUGGCAUUUAAGAUAGAUGGUGAACUUUGGCAGUCAUUGGAAUCAACAUUUGUUUCCAUAAUUCUUGCGUUGCCAUCUGCAGACCAAGCUGAGAUUUUGACUGAAUGGUUAGGAAAUGAACAUGUACAGUAUCCAGAUCUAACUGAGGCUUUUGAGGUGUGGUGUUACAGGUCCAAGGUUGCUAAGCGGAGACUGGCAUUGUUCGGGAGCAGCCAUUGUACGUCUAACACACUCUGAACCUUUUCUUCCAUAUUGUUUACGCUUCUGAUUCUGUAACCAUUUGCUCAGUCAAGCAUUGAGCAUUCAAGGUUUUUCAUUUUUGUUUCUUUCUAUAGAUCAGGUUACAGUUGCAAUUUAAAGGGGGAAAUGUCAUUAAAAUGAAGAGAUGUCUAAGUUAGCGACCCCCUCUGCUUUUUGUUUGAUUUGAAAUUGAAAUUUUAGUUUUUGUAAAUCAUGUGAUGCUAGAUCCUCUGUAAAUGUAUAAACCAGGAGGUGAUUAGUCUCAUAGAAAAUGCCCCUUCUGGACUCACGCAGCCAGGUUAUCAGUUUUUUGCUGGCCAACUUUGAUUUUAAAUACAAAAAACCUAGUUGAACCCAAA